AAAAAUGAUUGUUGAGACUAAAACAAAUCGAUUACACCAGAAAAUCAAAAAACUGAAAGAGGAUCUGGCCAGAGAGAAGGAGCUGCGAAAGGAGGCUGAACGACAGUUGAAAGUUCUUCUGGACAAGCAGACAGGAUCCUUGGAGAUUACAAAACCAGAGAAUAUCGGCCUCUUUAUCACCCCGGAACCUCAAACUUCGCGGCGGCCGAUAAAAGAUAACUCUGCCAAACCUGCUAACUCUAAAACAAUGAGCGAACUUCCAACACCCAAUGAAGAUACAAAGGCGACAGAUAUAGUUCUCGAGUACCUUGCCCAUUUCUCCAAGAUGAUUGCAGAAAAUAAUUUAUUGGAAAUCCAGAAUUGUUACUACGAUCGACUGGAGACGGUCCAGAAGCAACUGCCUCCUUCAUUCACAUGGCCAGAUGAGAUCACUGUCAGAAAGUCUAUAAGUCCUGAAAAUCAAGACUUCAUGGUUUUAUACAAGGAAUUAAAAUACCGAAGACUGAAUGCAGAAGCUCGUCAAAAUAAGGAUAUGCUUGAAAACUAUCAAAGUAUAUUUUCAAUUCUACCAGGAAAGUUGAACCUGCCUGAUUAUUGGAUUUUGGAUAUUAUGGAGGAAUAUGUGUUCCAGAUUCAGACUAGUAUAAUCUCAACUGAAAGCGUAUCAAAUAAGGAUGCAGCUCUGAACACCCUAAUCUCACUAGCUUCACAACCAGAAGCCAAUCUCAAAACUCUGUCACUUCUCGGCCUUAUUCGAAUGCACAUAUUUCUUCAAGACCAUCAAAGUACUUCACAAAUCUUGGACCAAAUGCCCCCAGAGAUUCAGGGCACUGAAACAAUGAUAAGGGUUACAUAUCAAAUUGGAUUCGCCUAUUUGAUAAUUGGAAGAUUUGCGGAAAGUGUAGAUCGCUUUUUGAAAGUAUUGAGCAGCAGUGUUGAGCAGGCAGAGAAAUUUAAGAUCAAUGCUCUCCCAUGCAUAGCAUAUUGUAUAUCAAAUAGCUCCAAAGAAUUAGAAAUUCCAUCGGAAAUUUCGAAGCAUGUUGAGAGUACAUAUCCAAAUCAAAUGAAAGAUUGGAAGGAGGCAAAAAUUGAGACGUUUUUGAGCUUUUUUGCAGAAUGCUCGUCAUUCAUCCCACAACUUCCCCGCAAUAACAAACUGAGUCUACACUGGAAAUCUCAAAACUUGAAGUCAAUGGUAUUCUAUCUCCAACGCGUCACGACAUGGAAACCCCUGAGAAAUUUGAAGGGCCUCUUAAAAAUUUGCCCUGUAUUACCUUUGGAAGCUCGUGCAACUUCCUUGUUGCCUGUGUCCACUUCUUCAGAUAUCGAUUAUUUCUGCCAAUACGAUAGUUUCCUGAACCGUCUGGUCACCGUGAAACCAUCUAAGCUCACAAAAAUCUUCCAAGACUUUCCUGACGCAAAUCGCCAGAAAACUCUUGUCUUCCUAAUCAUGAAGUAUCACAAGAUCCUACAGACUGUUCAGAAAUCUGCGAAAAUCGAUGAGAAAAUUGCGGACUUUGGCAGGAAGUUCAUUGGUGUACUCGGUAAAGCUCAUAAGAAUCUGAAGAUCGAUCAGGAAGAUGCGAUGUGUUAUAUGAGAGAGGUGGCUAAGAUUUCAAUGGACGAUGCUAAUCGAUUUGUGGAGAAUCAUUGUAGCUUAUGAUUAAUGUGAUUUAUUAUACCAUAUUAAAAAUUCUUACAAAUAAAAUUUCAAAUUAGU